AUGAGGCUGUUGCGUACGGACACGCUGACCCUGGUAGAGGUUACCGGCACCAUUCCGCCAUAUGUGAUCCUCUCACAUACAUGGGGCAAGAACGAGGUGUCGUUUGAAGAUCUCAACUGCAGAGGGUCAAAGGCUGAGCUGGCGGCUAAGCUGGCAACCUGCAAACCCGACGGAUACAAGAAGCUCGAGGGGUGCGCAAAGCGCGCAGCACAAGAUGGCUACGAGUACAUCUGGGUCGACACGUGCUGGCAGGUCUCCCCUGUAAUUGACAAGUUUUUUUUGUUGAGUCCUGACGCCCGCAGCAUCGACAAGUCAAGCAGCGCCGAGCUGAGCGAGGCCAUCAACUCCAUGUAUAGUUGGUAUCAGGAAGCGUCCAUUUGCUAUGCGUACAUGUCGGAUGUGAUUCUGCCAUCCGAUGCAGACAAGUUCUAUGACCAGAACUGGCGCGAGAUUGGCACAAAAUUCAGUCUGCGGCACACCAUCAGCAAGGUGACCGGCAUUGACGUUCGCACCACGCGCAUUGAGGACGCUGCUUACUGCCUGCUCGGUAUCUUCAAGGUGCACAUGCCGCUGAUCUAUGGCGAGGGCAAUCGCGCCUUUUACCGUAUGCAAAAGGAUAUCAUGAAGACGACUGAAGACUAUACUAUGCUGGCAUGGGGAUUGGCGACGAAUCUCAGCAACAAGCAUAAUUACUGGAAGAGCCCGCAGCAACGCAGUUCGUUCGAGUCUCGACGUCCGCUGGCCGACAGCCCGAACGACUUUGCGCCGCAUGACCGUUCCCAAUGGACCUAUGGCCAGCUGAUCCAGGAUCGAGCAAGGACUGUAGCUGCCCAGCUCUCCUCUGCUCUUGAUGAUACGCCCCCGCUCAUCACCAGCCGUGGUUUGCGCGUGUCCCUCUUGCUGAAACCAGCCCGCAAAGGUCGAGAUGCCGUUCUGGCCUACAUUAAUUGCAAUACUGUGCGGCCGGGAGCCCCUCCUGGCACUCCCCGCUCGCCCGUAUGCCUGCUCCUCCAGCGUCAAGGGGGUACCAACAUCUACAUGGGCUCCGACGACCCAAACUACGCUUUCGAGCUGCUAGACAACGACAAGGCACUCGCCUCGUUUGAGCGCCGAACCAUCUACCUGUCUCUGGCAAGCAGCGACUCCAUGUCCACGCACAAUCUGCGGAUGCGCAGUCUCGAAAAGCACCUGUACAUCCUCGACAAGCCUACUGAUCCGCGUUCCAUGUGGAAAAUCACGAGCUGUUUCUCGCAUGCUACCGGCACCGGGCCGGAACACACGCACUACGAGGCGCCAAGGCGUUUCAACUUGGCCACGCUGCACCAUCCAUUCGAUAUGGGCCCAUCUAGCUGUCGUUUGUUUGCAUUUGAGCCGCUCCAGGGACGCGGCGCGUCAUUUGGCAUCCUCGUCGGUUUCGGCUGGUGCGAUGUGGUUGCGCUGGACGAGGCGUUCCGUGACAAAUGGGGCAUUCUGGUGCGUGACGGGCACUGGAAUGAGGCGCUGAUGCUUAAGUACUUGAACUAUGCUGUAGAGUCAGUCCAUAAGAGCGAAGGUCAGACACCAGUGGACCGGGUCGUUAAGACAAUCGGCGAUUUAAAGGUGUCUGUGUCGCUGAAGAAGAUUCGUCGCAAUGAUAUCAACUCGGAAAGUGCAAUCAAAAUACAGUGGUCUGUCCAGAAGGUGUAG